AUGGAGAGCAAAUCUGCGACACCAGACGUCUCCAAAGAGCGAAACGAGGCUGAUCAUGCUCAAGUCACUUUGGUUCUCCCAGAUGGUGAUGUGCCGUAUACGAAUCGUGAUGUCGAUGCCGAUGAGAGGCUGAUUACAGCACUCGGUUACAAACAAGAGUUCAAGCGUGAAUUCUCUCUAUGGACGACUUUCGGCGUGAGCUUUGCUGUUUCUGGAUUGCUUCCGUCGUUUGCGAGUACUCUGUACUUUGGAAUGGGAUAUGCUGGUACAGCGGGUAUGGUUUGGGGUUGGAUCAUUGCGAUGAUAUUCAUUCAGUGCAUUGCAAUGUCGAUGGCCGAACUAUGCUCAGCAAUGCCCACGAGCGGCGGAUUAUAUUACACUGCAGCAGUCCUUGCACCCCCGGGUUACGGACCCUUCGCUGCCUGGAUCACCGGCUGGUCCAAUUGGAUUGGUCAAAUAACAGGACCACCAUCAAUCAACUACUCGCUCAGUGCAAUGAUCCUAGCAGCAGUCUCAAUCCACAAGCCAGACUACGUUCCAACAGCAUGGCACACUUUCCUGCUAACCACUCUCAUAAUGAUCAUUCAUACAGGAAUCAGCAGCAUGCCCACGAAGCGCAUAGCACAGUUCAACGCAUGGGGCUCGACCAUCAAUUUCAUCGCCAUGAUCCUCGUCAUAAUCAUCAUCCCGACAAACACCAAAAAUAGCCCGAAAUUCACACCCUCCAGGGAAGUCUGGGGCCACAUAACCAAUCUAACCGACUUCCCAGAUGGCGUCGCCGUCCUCAUGUCCUUCGUCAGCGUGAUCUGGACAAUGUCAGGUUACGACUCACCCUUCCACCUGAGCGAAGAAUGCUCAAACGCGAACAUCUCCUCACCGCGCGCAAUCGUGCUCACCUCCGGAGUGGGCGGGGUGAUGGGCUGGUUUCUGCAGCUCGUCGUUGCAUACACGGUGGUGGACAUUGAAGCCGUGAUCGAUUCCGAUCUGGGCCAGCCCUGGGCAUCGUACUUGCUGCAGGUCAUGCCGCAGAAGGCAACCAUGGCGAUCUUGGCGCUUACGAUUAUCUGUGGGUUUUCCAUGGGACAGGGGGCUAUGGUUGCUGCAUCGCGGGUGACGUAUGCUUAUGCUCGGGACGAAUGCUUUCCGCUCUCGAGGUACUGGAAGCAGGUGCACCCGUAUACGCAGACGCCUGUUAAUGCCGUUAUUGUGAAUGCCGUGCUGGGCAUAUUGAUGUGUCUGCUUAUGUUGGCGGGGAAUGUGGCUAUUGGUGCUUUGUUCUCCAUUGGUGCCAUUGCGCAGUUUUUUGCUUUCGCUGUGCCGAUCGCUAUCCGGGUGUUCUUUGUCGGGAAUCGGUUCCGCAAGGGUCCUUGGAAUUUGGGUCCCUAUGGCCCGUAUAUUGGUGGUCUUGGUGUCUCAUUUGUGCUCUUUAUGGUGCCGAUCUUAUGUUUGCCUAGUGUUACUGGCAGUGACUUGACGACCGAUAUGAUGAACUGGACUUGUCUGGUUUGGGGCGCGCUGAUGUUAGCGGUUACCAUUUGGUGGUUUGUUGAUGCUCGGCACUGGUUCAAUGGUCCGGUGGUCAAUGUUGAGCAUGCGAUUCAUGUGAUUGAACAGGAGCCCGUCGUCAGUGAGGGCAUCGAGCCUGAACCCCGAGUGACGGAAAGAAAUGAUCCCCCCGCAAGAUGGAUGAUCCGGGUGAUCCAAUCUAAUAGGCUGAGGGGAAAGUCGCUGUAUCAACACGGGAUCUAG